UAGUCAUUUCAUUUUGUGAACAGUUCUUGUUCAGGCGCCGGUAUCUGCACCUCACGUUUCACAGAUCCUCUCACUAUUGUAUCAUCCUCACAUUGUUAUGUUUCUGUAUUUAUAAGAACAGUGGUUUUCCCUUAACGGCGUAUUAUUGCGAAGUGAGAAGUGAUAAUCUGGCUUGAAACAAACACGUCAUAAAUUAACUCGCGCUUAGACAUUCCGGUUCGCGUAAACAAGAUAUUGCCAGCUAGGCACCAUGCGGUCGCUACCUUUACCAUAUGCCGCACAGUAAAUAGUUGAAAAAAGCCGACAAUACUGUAUCAAGAUCCCAGUACUUUUUCAUACUGCAUAAAAACAUUUCCAGUUUUUUUUUUUAUAGAAAAAAUUUAGUUGUGAUUCAUAAAUGUUGAUGUAACAUUGAAAAGUGAAGUGUAUUCCAAUAUGGAUAAAAAAGUGGACUUGUUGUCUCUGAUAGAGUCAGACACGUGGACGGCGCCAAAUGAACUCAUGGAGAUAUUCUCCAUGGACCAGGACUAUUUGGAUUUUCUCGAAGAGUCAAUUCCAGAUUUCAACAUAUGCUCUGAAAAUGUAUCAGAAACCUCUAAAGCUAUAAGUAGCACCUGUUCAGACAGUGGAAUUUCCAGUGAUCAUGCUGAAUUCGAUUUUGAACAGCAACUGUCCCCGUUUCUCAUACAAAAUUCGUGCGAGGAGGAACUGCCGGCUCCGAUAGUCGACGGACCCACGAGCCCCAGCACUCAGGAUGUCGUCAUCCGGGAUUCGAAUGAUACGUCCAAUAGCUCCACGGACCUCGCGGACGACGUCUUCGAUAUGCAGGACUUCGAGCAGAACGUCGUCCCCGGAUUCAUUAAUGCGAAUACAUUCCACAGCCCGGGUAAGAACGGGCGAAAACGUCGCCCUUCAACGUCGUCGCUAAAUGCCGUCCAAACCAAACACCACAAGCCGACGAUAAAGUUGCCCGGGACCACGCAAAAACCGCAGCUAAUCGUGACGGCCCAACCGCAGAAACCGGUCAAAGUGGCCAACAUACAAGUACUGAACCCGCAGACUAAAGUCUAUUCGAAACCGGUCGAAUCAGUCGCGCCCCAGCGGCGAGUUAUCCGGGUGGCCCCGAUGGCGGGAAAUCCGCGCUCGAUAUUGUUGCCCGUCACGAUUAAAGACAUGAAAGAUUUGAAAUCGAUAAAGAUUAUAAACGCGGCAGACUUGAAGAACGCGUCGAAUAUAAAGUUGGCGGCGGCGAAUUUGUUAUCGCAAAGCAAACUCAACGACUUGAAAGAAUCCAGAAAUGAAUACGAGUACGAACACAACAAUAAUUGCGAUGACUCAGGAAGCGAACGCAGCGACGAUGACGACGACCACAAGGAGACUCAGGUCAGCGAUGGCCGCAACGGGUACCCGCGCCUCGUGCUCACCGCCGAGGAGCGCCGCCUCUUGGCGAAGGAGGGCAUCACGCUACCCACCAGCUAUCCGCUCACGAAACACGAGGAACGGGAGCUGAAGAGGAUCAGACGCAAAAUCAGGAACAAGAUCUCAGCUCAGGACUCGAGGAAACGCAAGAAGGAAUAUGUCGAUGGACUCGAAGACAGGGUAAAACAGUGUACUGCAGAGAACCAGACGUUAAUUAGGAGGAUAAAAAUACUGCAGUCACAGAACCAGUCACUGAGUGCUCAGUUGAAACGUUUACAGAACGUGUUAAAGGGUGCGAGUGGUAGCAGUACGAACAAGUCUGCCCAGCCGGCCACGUGUCUGCUAGUGCUGCUGUUGUCCGUGGCGCUAGUGGCGCUGCCCUCCCUCCGCGACGAGGCCCCGCCCCGCGCCUCGCCCGCCUCCCCGGCCGCGCCCGCCUCCCCUGCAGUCACGCGGGCUCUACUCUCCGCCACCAACAAAAUGACGUUGGAUGAGACGGUGAUCGACGAUGGAGAGUUCAACAUGGACGAGCUGAUCACCUUCAACCGCCCGCACUCGGACCACGACUACCAGGUCGUCAAGAACCUAGACACUCACAAGGUUCUGCCAAACGGCUACGUCGACCUCCCCAUAGACGAGGACUGGCCGCCUAAUCUCAAGAAACGUAUGAAAAAACUCGAAUUCGACUACGAAGACGGCCGGGAUUACCUAACGCCGGUAGUCAAAGAGGAGAAUUACGGCAGUUACAAGAUCGAAGCGAAAAUCAAACCGGAUCUCACUGAGGAUUUCUUGACGAACACGCUGCUGUCCACGGGACGGAAAUUAGGAGAAUUGUUCGACAUUAUGCCGCCGAUACCCGUCAAGAACGAAGACAUCGUCAUUGAGGAGGUAUCCGAUCACGAGACCAGAAACACGACCGAAGUCAGGAGUUUUGUUGUCAACGGCACCGCUAAUAACUUUUAAAUAUACAAUUAUUUAAUUCCUUUAAAAAUUCCGUUUACUUUUUUUUUGUUACCUUUUAAUAAUAAUUUUACUAUUAGAUUAUUUUCCUGAAUAUUUGUGGUUUUUUAUGUUUAUUUGUGAAGAAGAUGUAUGUGACUCAUGAUUCCAUAUUUUAAGAUCAAUUUUUAUUUUAAUAAUUUUAGUCUCUUAGAUUUUAUGUGUUAGUGAGAUCGUGAAGAAUGAUUAUUACGUAAAUUAAGAUUAUAAUUUUAUAUUAAUUUACUAUAUGCGGAGAGUUUAUAAUUUAUUUUUAAAAGUCAAAAUUAAUAUAUAUAUACAAAUCAAUUUUUAUAUUUUUUACAGAGAAAUUACACUUUCACUGUGCAUGUCUAUCUAUAAUUUUAAGCAUUUUAUUUUUUGGGUGCAAUUACAUUUUAGUUACAGAUUUAAUUGUUCUAGUAAAAAUAUAGUUCUAUCUCAAUAUUAGUUUUAGAUUAUUUUAUAUUAUCUACUUACAGAGCGGACAAGAUUCACUGUUGUGUUAUCCUAUACUGAUUAUUUUGGUUCGAAUAAAUAUUUUAUUGAAAA